AUGACUCGGUACGGGGGCCUGGGUAGGACGCGCCCGAAAAAGCUCACCUCCAAGGCGUCCAUCCCCGUCGUCCGAGAACAUGAGAUAGACCCAUUAGACGACGAAAUCCAGAGCUCUCUACAGCAGAUUGAGACCGGCGUGGAAAAGGCCGAGGAAUCGGAAAUCCAUCUGCAAAGAGCCAUUAAUGCCACUGCCCAGGGCAAAGUAAACGAGGCCAUUCCCACCCCCGAGACAAUUCUCAGUAAUCUCCAAUAUGAUGAGCUCUAUCCUCCCAUCUUCUCGCAGCCCGCGACAUACAUUCGCUUCUCGUCGACCGUCGAGGACUGCUGCGGAUGUCCGUACAACAUGACGGAGGAGGACGAUGUCUUCCUGAAGAUCCUCAACCAAAAGCGCGACCCCAAUGUCGACCCCUGCACCGAGGAUAUCUUUGAAGAGGUCAUGAACUUCUUCGAGGAGACGGCGCAGUUAAAGCAGCCGUAUGCCUCGGUGGAUAACCCGCCUGUGCUGUCAUACGCGGAAAUGGAGGACACAAUGGAUGCCACUUUAGAAGAUCAAAUGAAGCCGUGGGCUAAGCAAAUUUAUGAGCACUGGAAGUCGUGCCGGAGCAGUGUUCAGAACAACUCUCUGGUAUCGCAGCUCAAGUUUGAAACCGGCCAAGACACCGACGACAGUGAUCCAUUUGUCUGUUUCCGUAGACGCGAGGUUCGCCAGAUCCGCAAGACCCGUGGUAGAGAUGCACAAAGUGCAGAGAAGCUCCGACGCCUUCGCAAAGAGCUGGAAGAUGCUCGCGAACUCGUUGCUUUGGUGCGCCAGCGCGAAGUCGCCCGCAGGGAGAUGCUCGCUAUGGAGCGCCAAAUCUUCAAGCAGCGUGCUGAGGUGAAGGAGAUGAAGCGCAAGCUUAACAUCAAGGAUGACGAUGAAGAUCUCAUCAACCAAAAGGUAAAAACACCUGCGAUGGUUCGCAAAGAGCAUACGCUGACCCUCAUGCAGCCGAAGAAGAGAGUUAUCGACAUGCCUCCUCAACGCCCGAAUGGCCCUCAAUUGCGCAUGCCCCUCAAGGCCGGUGCUGGUGCAGACGAUUUGCAGACGUUGGAGGAGGUUCAAGCCGAGAAGGAGAACGAUAUUCUCCGCGAUAUCAAGCAGAACAUCAACAAGCACAUCAAGUGGAACGAAGGAUACGUCGAUCAUACGCGCGCACCUUUGUCUCCUUCACCGGAGCGGACAUUCGAUGUAGCCGCUUUCCGACCAGCGUUCACCGCACAGUUGCCCACUCCUCCAUCAUCGGACGCGUCCGGUGAGAUGGAAAACUCAUUGAGCCUCGCCACCCCGCUCUUCUCCCGGGAAAAGCUCAUCUCCCUAGAAGAACACGACGAAGCACACCGUAUGCCCUCAUUCCGCAGACGUGUCGGUCGUGGUGGCCGGUUGAUGAUCGAUCGUCGAAACAUGGGACCUCGUAAAGUCGAAAUGGACCCCAUUAAGGCGGAUAGAUUCAAGUUCGAUCAAGAGGAUUCCGAUGAGGAGCCUGAUUAUGAUACUGAUGCGUACAGCAUUCAGAUCAUGCAGCACCGGGCAAUCACCAUGGCCAAGGCGCGCGAACAGGCGGCUGUGGCUGCCCAGGCUCAUGCGCAGGCGCAGGCUCAGGCAGUCCACCAAGCACAGGCUCGACGACUGCAAGAAAACCAAGGCCAAGCGGGAUCCAAUCCUGGCAAUGGUGUCCCGGCGUCCGAUUCCUGA